AAUAAUUAAAACAUUAUAUAUAUAUUUAAAAAUUAUUGUUAAUAUUUUAUAUAUAUUAUAUUAUUAUUUAUUUAUUUUAAAAAUCCAAAUCCGGAUAUCCGCUGGAUAUUACAAUUUUCAGAAGGACACUUGGAUAUCCAAGAACUCCAGAUCCAAAUAAGAUAGUAAAAUUAUGGAUCCGCCGGAUAAAGAUCUGGAUCCGGAUACUUUAAAAUUGCUCGGAUACCUGAUCCGUCCGAGGCUUGGUUGUGAUAUGCGAAAAAUUGUCCAACGUUGAAAUUCCGAUCACCGUCCCUUGAAAUCGACUUCUCAGAUCAAAUACUGACACUUGGCUUUCUAAAAGGUUAUCUAUAUCUAAUUUACUCGAAUUUUAAAGUAAACUUUUCCUAACUACAGCCCACGAUUAAUUAUUUCUGGAUAUUUCUUUUUGAUGACUUGUGGUUUGCAACCAGCGGUAUAAACAAUAACCAUGUUUAUAUUUAUUUAUUACGCUAAAACAAAUGAAAUGCCAUACAUACUUACAAGUAAAAGAUACGGGUUUCAACUUUCGCGUAAUAUUAUAAAUAAAUUUAUAGGGAAAACAAUCCAUUUUGCAUUUGAAGUUCAAAAAGUCUUCACUCACUAUUUUUGUCUAGAGAAAGUAGUACAGUUUCAAUUUUGUUGUUGUUUUGGCAGUGGACUUUCCAAAAUAAUUAAAUUAUAUUACUCCUUAAGUUGUUUUUAUUACAUAUACACGCAUAAUGAGUUUAACAGUUGAUUUGAUAGUAUAUAACCUUGUUUCCCUUAUAACUGGUCGUAUCAGUAAAUCAACAAGGCCAAAAUCAGAUUAUAUUUAUAAUACAUUAACAAAUAUUUCCACUUCAGCAUGUUAAAUUAUCCACAAAAUUAUCGUAUAAAAAUGUGCCGUACCUUGAAUAAAAACAGUAUAUAUUAUUUCAAGUCAAACAGCUGAAGACAUGAUCAAUCAUAAAAAUCGAGCUUAAAAUAUGUUUGUAAUUUGCACGGAUAAGAUUUUGGAAAACGACAUUAUACAUUUGAAAUACAAACAUUGUGAAGAUAAGAACUUGAUGAGCAAGUCUUACCAAUAUUCAAAUGCUAACCAAAGAAGAACUCAGGUUAAAGUAAGGUUUACUUGGGGUUGAGUUAGCAGACUUUGGACCAAAGAGAAGCUAUUGGUGUAUAGGUCUGAGAACAAAGCAGGACCGUUUGUCUCUAUGCGUUUGACCUUAUCACAAUUAGCGUUUUGUAGCUGCACAAGACCAAGGUUGCUUCAUCCAUAAAUAGAAACAUUGGUCCAGAGAGAGAAAGUAGAGUAGAAGCGAGAGUGUGUGAGCACACAAGAAGCAUUGUAAGGGUGAGAGAAACAAGAUGUAAAGGCGUAAGCCUUGAGUAGUUUCUAAGGGGUUUUACAGAGUGGUUUCCUUAGCCAUUCUUAGGAGAAUCACUUGUAACCUCUUGUAAUCCCUUUGUUCUAGUGGAUUCCGAGCAUAGUCUCGGCGAGAUGUAGCGACCCUCGUUAAUGGGCGUGAAAUCGUUAAAUGUCUGUGUGUUUUCCUUCUCUUAACUCUCACACUCUCUUAUCCAAAGCUCUCUCUGUUUCAUUCAUCUCAACAUAAAUCUGUUAUGUAUCUUUAAGUUAACACAUAGAGUCUUGUCUGUUGAAGGAAAUCUUAACAAACAUAUUUUCAUACUGUUCUACCGGAGUGUAUUAGUUGAAUGUUACAAUAGUUACCCGAAUAGUUUCACGAUUACCAACGUAAGACAUGAACAUAUUCGUCGGUCAAAACGGAUAUAUGUAUUAUGCAAAUUGAUCUACGGUAGAUCAUCUACCAUGUGCAUGCACAAGUUAACUAUGUGGAUAAACCAACGCAACGUCUAGUCAUCUUACCAUAGUAGACUAAUAGUAUAUAGUAGUUGUAAACAACUGUCUUAUCUACAUUCUACAAUCAUGUAUACACAUUGCUACAUGUGUAACGUGAUAAUCAUCAUUUAACUAAGUCAAACCACGUUUAGGCAAGUUAAUUGAGACGCGUUUUCUGAUAGUCAAAGGAAGCCUAUAAAACGGCUUCUUCUUCUUUUCCAUCAUCACCCAUUAAUCUCUUCUCCUUUCAGACAAAUCUUGUUUUUUGUUUUUGUUUUGUUAUAUAUUCUUAUUCUUCCACAAAGAAGAAGACAUUCCGCGGACAUGGCGGGAAACGGAAACACUGACGGAGAAUUCAGUUUCUCGGCUGCGGCUGCGCGUGAUGCGCUUCCUCGGAUCACCACGGAGAAGGGAGCCAAGUCUACGACGUCGAGUGACGUGUGCCACGACGACACCGCGUCACGAGGCAACUUUCAGACCAUCGAUCAGCUCCACAGUCUCCAGAAGAAACGAUCUGCACCGACCACUCCUCUCAAAGAAGGAGGUGGCGUAGUGAUGGGAACCAGUGGCCCUACCACUCCUGUCUCCGGUGAGAGUAUGCUUCAAUCAGUCAGUGCAUCGUUGGCUUCGUUGACGAGAGAGACAGGACCGAAGCUAAUCAGAGGAGAUCCGACGUCGGCGGCUAAAGUGGCACACGUGCCACAAACUCCUACGUCAGUUCCUGCUGCUGACGUCAGCGACAGUUCUCUGAAAUUCACUCACGUCCUUCACAACCUCUCUCCCGCAGGUAACCAUCCAAAACGCAGCCCAUCUUCAUUAACAAGAUUUGAUUACAUAUUUUACAAAACAAAACGUCACAUUUUGAAUUUUAUGGUUGCAGAAUUGUACGAGCAGGCGAUAAAAUAUGAGAAAGGAUCGUUCGUGACUUCCACCGGUGCGUUGGCCACUUUGUCGGGAGCCAAAACUGGUCGGUCUCCUAAAGACAAGCGUGUAGUUAAGGAUGAGACAACUGCGUCCGAGCUCUGGUGGGGAAAAGGAUCACCAAAUAUCGAAAUGGAUGAACAAAGUUUUUUGGUGAACCGAGAAAGAGCUGUUGAUUACUUGAACUCUUUGGACAAGGUGUUUGUGAAUGAUCAAUAUCUAAACUGGGACCCAGAGAACAGAAUCAAAGUCAGAAUAGUAUCAGCAAGAGCUUACCAUUCACUUUUCAUGCACAACAUGUGUAUCCGUGCAACACCUGAAGAGCUAGAGAAUUUCGGGACACCUGAUUUCACGAUCUACAACGCUGGAAAAUUCCCAUGUAACCGUUUCACUCACUACAUGACAUCAUCGACAAGUGUCGACAUAAACCUAGGAAGAAGAGAGAUGGUGAUUCUAGGGACACAAUAUGCUGGAGAAAUGAAGAAAGGACUCUUCGGUGUGAUGCAUUAUCUGAUGCCUAAGAGAAAGAUUUUGUCUCUUCACUCCGGUUGUAACAUGGGGAAAGAUGGAGAUGUUGCUCUCUUUUUCGGUUUAUCUGGAACCGGAAAGACUACAUUGUCUACCGAUCAUAACCGAUAUUUGAUUGGAGAUGAUGAGCACUGUUGGAGUGAGACUGGAGUCUCGAAUAUUGAAGGUGGUUGUUACGCGAAAUGCAUUGAUUUAUCGAGGGAGAAAGAGCCUGAUAUCUGGAAUGCUAUCAAAUUCGGAACUGUUUUGGAGAAUGUUGUGUUUGAUGAGCACACAAGAGAAGUGGAUUAUACAGACAAAUCAGUGACGGAGAACACACGUGCGGCUUAUCCUAUUGAGUAUAUCCCUAACUCAAAGAUACCGUGCGUUGGACCACACCCUAAGAACGUGAUCCUAUUGGCUUGUGAUGCUUUUGGUGUGCUGCCGCCAGUCAGCAAGCUGGAUCUUGCUCAGACUAUGUAUCAUUUCAUCAGUGGAUACACUGCUCUCGUUGCGGGAACAGAGGAAGGAGUUAAGGAGCCAAAAGCGACUUUUUCGGCUUGUUUUGGUGCUGCUUUCAUUAUGCUUCACCCAACCAAAUAUGCAGCUAUGUUAGCCGAGAAAAUGCAAGCUCAAGGAGCCACCGGUUGGCUUGUUAACACCGGCUGGUCUGGUGGAAGCUAUGGAUCUGGAAGUCGAAUCAAGUUGGCAUAUACAAGAAAGAUUAUUGAUGCUAUACAUUCGGGUAGUCUCUUGAAUGCAACUUAUCAGAAAACUGAGAUUUUUGGUUUGGAGAUUCCAAAUGAAGUUGAAGGAGUGCCUUCUGAGAUUUUGGAGCCUAUGAAUGCAUGGGAAGACAAAGUGGUUUAUAAGGACACAUUGUUGAAGUUGGCUGGUUUGUUUAGAAACAAUUUUGAGACAUUCAGAAGUCAUAAGAUCGGAGAAGAUGGAAAGUUGACUGAAGAGAUUCUUGCAGCUGGUCCAAACUUCUAAAGUGAUGAAGAUUAUGAUGAUGAACCAACAAUGUUUUCAAAAAGUACAACAACAUAUAAAAAAUAAAGUGAAUAAAAGAGAGAGUCGACGAAUUUCAAGAAAACUCCAUUUGAUUAUCAAUCAUAUAUUUUUCCAAUUGAAGUGAGAACUAUAAUUAUUAUUUUCUUUUCAUGAAUGUUUGUUUACUCACAAAAUAAGUUUACAUGCUUUGUUCAACCAAACUAAUCUAAGUAUCCUUUUUUUAAAUAGCUGCAAUGGCAGCAAGUAUUUUUUUGGUUCUUGUAUUGUUGAUUUAACUUGGAUUCAAAUUGUUGCAAAGGUAACAAUUAUGAAGUGUGUAUGAAACAAUGAUUGGUUUUCAACUUUUGAGUUAAAUGUAAGAAACUGAAACAGUGAAACCUAUCAUCCACAUGCAAAAUAUCUAUAAAUCAAAAGUCUUCAAUGUUUUUCUGAUGAGAUCUUUU